AUGGCGGGUAAUUGUUUUAUAUGUGAAAACUCGCUAUCGGUCGGUGAAACUGUAAAUGUCGAGCGUGGAUUACAAACAUUAAAAAACGCUAGUAAUGAAAGAGACGAUGGACAUCUUGAGUUCUUAAAUAAUGUAACAUCGGUAACUGUGCAUGUUGAGUGUCGUAAAGUGUAUACACACAAAAAAAAAAUUGCCUCAUUUAAAAGAGAACGUGAAGAAAACGCUGCAGGUCCAUCUAACCCUUCACCGCAUAAAAAACGAUCAAGUAAAUUUGAUUUUCGAACGCUAUGCCUUGUUUGUGGUGAAGAAGCCAACGAAGAUGUUGAGAAAAGAAAACGACAAGAAUAUCGAAGGAAAAUUAAACAGGUCAGCACACUUUCAUUUAAAGAUAAUAUUAUUAAAACAGCUGAGUCCCGUGGUGAUAGACUCGGUAAAAUUGUAAGGGAUAGAGUUAAUUUUGAAUAUGAUUUAGUAGCUGCUGAGGCAAAAUACCAUGAUAACUGUUUGAUAUCUUUUAAUAAAUACAAAAGUGGUGGAUCAGUAGGUCGUCCACAUGACGAAAAUAUCAGAUUAGCGAUGGAAGAAAUAUUUUAUUACAUAGAAAAUAACAAUGAUUGUCAAUUCACCUUAACAGAGUUAGUAAAUGCAAUAACUAGUGAUUUCAUUCCAGAUGCAAAAACUAUAAUUUAUAAAUUAACUGCUCGUUAUGGAAAAGAUAUUAUAAUAACUACAAAACACGCUAAAUUAACAAUUAUUUGUUUUCUUGAUACGCAAAAAAAAAAUUUGUGUCAAUCGUGGUAUGAAAAUAAAAAAUCUAAUGUUUCGGAAGAACGUCUACGUGUUGUAGAAGCAGCAGCAGCAAUUAUCAGAGAGGACAUUCGUUCUGUCUUGAUUAAUACCGAUACAUAUCCUCCGGUAAAUCAAAUGUUCGAUAAUAUUAAUAAAAAUAUACCACAAAGUCUAUUAUUUUUUUUAAAACAAAUAAUUAUUAAAAAUAAAAAAGGUAAUAUUAAUGAAUUGGAAAAUAAAUGUACCGCACUAAGUCAUGCAAUAAUGAAGUGCACUCGCCCGCGAAGUUUUUUGUCCCGAUUAUUACUCGGUAUAUCUGUAUUUCUUCAUAGAAGAUAUGGAUCUAAACGUCUAUUAGAUAUGUUAUCAAAUCUAGGAUUUUCAAACACAUACAAAGAAGUUCUAUUGUACGAAAGCGCUGUUGUUAAUCACCCUCAACCCAAAAUUCUAUCGCCCGCGGCAGGCGCAUUUAUACAGUAUUCUGCUGACAACGCAGAUAUUAAUAUUUAUACGAUUGAUGGACAUAAUACAGUGCACAUUAUGGGAGUUAUUCAAAUAGUUACCCCAAAAAGUGCAGUUAUAAUCGACGAAGAGAUACCAAGAUUAAGAAUAAUCCCAGCUGCAAAAGACAUUGCUGCUAUCGCUCACGUGCCUUUACAAAUGUAUGACAAUUUUGGUGUUUCUGGAUUGAGCAAAAUUGAUGUAGAAAAUAUAUUAAGUGACAACGUUUCAAUAAAAUCUUUUAUAAAUAAAAUCGAUUUCUUGUGGAUGUACGGAAAAUGGAAAACUGUCUCGGAUGUACCAGGGUGGAACGGUUUUAUAGAGUAUCUCACAAAAGAAAAUAAUAAAUUUUCAACAUCUCGUAUUCUAUUUUUGCCAUUUAUUCAUCAUCCAGCAAGUAAUUUAAAUACAAUUUACACAACCUUGAACUCUAUUCACGACAACAUGAAGUUUCAUGGCCAUGAAGCAUGUGUCGUGACGUUUGAUCAACCGCUGUUUAUAAAAGCUCGUGAAAUAGUUGCAGCUUCUGAACCUGGAUCAGAACUUUCAAAAAUUAUAAUACGGCUUGGUGGUUUUCAUUUGAUCAUGUCUUUUCUUGGAUCGAUAGGAUACUUAAUGGCGGGUAGUGGACUUAAAGACGUUCUUAGUGUUGUUUAUGCCCCAAAUUCUGUGGAUAAAAUGUUAGAUGGGCACGCUUAUGCAAGAGCUGUUAGAGGUCACAUAUUAUUACAUUUAGCGUUAUCGAAAUUUGUAGCUCAAGACAUGGAAAUCGAUGACCAUACUGACGACUAUAUACAACGUUAUAUUGAACAAAUAAUCGUACAAAAUGUUUCAUAUGAAGAUGUAGAAGGUUCUACAGUUAUACUUGAAUCAUAUAUAGAACAGUUCAAUGGCAUUUUAAAAAAAAUACAAAAUCGAGGACCUACUGCAAAGUUAUGGGUACAAUAUUUUUAUAUGGUAUCUAUAGUUAAAGAUUUUAUUAGAUCUGAAAGACUAGGAGAUUGGGAUGGACACUUAAAAGCUGUAAAAAAAAUGCUUCCUUUUUUCCACGCUUCUGGUCAUUUUUUGUAUGCAAAAUCUGCUCAUUUAUACCUGCAGGAUAUGCUCAAAUUAAAAAAUAAUAUGGAUGAACAGGCGUUUAAAAAAUUUACCGACGGAUUUUUUACAGUUAGACGUAGUAAUAAAUUUAAUUGUGGAACCUGGAGUGAUAUGGUAAUCGAGCAAUCCCUAAUGAAAUCCAUGAAAUCUGAAGGAGGGGUUUCGCGAGGAAGGAGUACUCAAGAGAGCGUGUUGAGUAAAUGGGUUUAUGGAAUGUAUGCUAUGAACACAAUAUGUGAAGAUGUAGAAAAGUUUUGCAACAUUUCCUUAGAUACUGUCGAUCAGCAUGUUGAUACAAAGGAUUCGCGUAUCAAAAGAGAUAAUGACGACGUUAACAAAAUUAUUGAAUGGUUAACAAUCCAUAAUCCUUUCCCUCAAACUAAUAAAAUUAUGUCAAUAUCAAAUGGUAUAAUUGGUAAUGAUGAGAUUAACUGUUGUGAUGCUUACGAAAUUGGUAAAAAUUUAAUGAAUAACAUGGUUGGAUUAAAAUUUGAUAAUUUCAAAUUCAAGCGAGCAAACAGAGUUCUUCCGCUUUUGAGUGUUAAAAGCUCUAUUAAAGUGCAUGAUCAUUCAGUUCCUAUUGAUCCUCUACUACUAUUUCAAAGAAUUAGUUUAAAUACAAGAUUUCAAGAUAAUCUAGAUGAAUAUUUAAAAUAUGAAUUAUCUCCAUACCCUUUGGCUAUAUUUGACGAUGUAGGUAUGCGAAAAACGAAUAAAUCCACAUUAUUCAAAUGUUUUAAAUCAAGUAUUUAUGAAAUGGAUACUUCAAACGCUACCUAUAUCAUCGACGGUGGAUUUCUUUUGCAUCGUGUUAUAUGGCAUAAAGAUGAUACUUUUCAAUGUAUAUUUAAUAAAUAUAUUGCAUAUUUAAAAAAACAUUUUGGGUCCAAUGUAAUUGUUGUAUUCGAUGGAUAUAACGAUAAUAGUAAAAAUAUAAAGGCGAUGGAACAGUUUCGGCGAUCUGAGGCAUUUAGUGGGUCUUUUGAAGUUUUUUUUAAUGAAACAAUGAAAGUGCCUAUAAGUCAAGAAAAGUUUCUUUCAAAUCGAUCGAAUAAAAACAGAUUUAUUUCUACAUUGAUGCAAAAAUUAGAAAAUAUUAAUAUAGCUUCAAAACAAGCUCAAGACGAUGCUGACGUACUUAUUAUAGAAACAGCAAUCGAAGAAGCAUACACCCGGAAAACUGUUAUUGUUGGAGAGGACGUAGAUCUCUUAGUUAUACUAAUAGCACGCACUCCGUCGCAAAAACAAAUUUUUUUUUUAAAACCCGGUAAAGGAAACGUUGACACAAAAAUAUACUCAUCUACUAAUAGCAUGGAUCACUACAAUUUUGGUAGAGAACAUAUUUUAUUUUUGCACGCUGUCACAGGAUGUGAUACGACAUCAACAUUUUUUAAUAAAGGAAAGGUCAAAGUUUUGAAACUAAUAGAAAAUCGUCCAGACCUUCAAAGUGCAGCAGCAGUGUUCAAAAAUCAAAAUUGCUCCGUUCAAGACAUUUUUGAACAUGGAAUUAAAUUUAUUUUAGCCAUGUAUGGUGCCCAAAAACAAGUGGUCUCCAUCGACAAUUACAGAUACAUAACAUUUGCUAAACUAACUAGAAAUAAUAAACCUGUGAAAUUAUCAUCUCUACCACCAACAAAUAGCGCCACCCAACAGCAUCUGCUUCGAGUUUAUUACCAGGUACAAAUUUGGUUGGGCAACAAAUUAAACCCGGAAAACUGGGGGUGGAUAAUGAAUAACAAUGUUUUGGAGCCUAUAAUGACAUUGUUACCACCCGCACCCGAUGAAUUGGUGAAUAUGAUUUUUUGUAACUGUAAAAAAGGCUGUGGUACUAACUGCAGUUGCAAAAAAAUUGGUAUCAAAUGUUCAAUUAUUUGUGGACAUUGUCGUGGGCAGUCGUGUUUUAAUUCAAGUUCCGACGAUGCUUUAGAUGACAAUAUAGACACACUUGACGUUUUGUCAGCGGAUUUAACGGAAGAAGACAAUACAUAUAAUUUUGAAAAAAAUGAAGAACAUCAAAAUGACGAAGAAGAAGAAGAAGAAGAAGAAGAAAUGCAUGAAGACGAGAGCGAUGAUGAUUAA